AUGGAGACGACCAAGGUUGCUUCAUUCAAUCGUGUCAACGAGCUUAAAGCUUUCGACGAGACAAAGACAGGUGUGAAAGGACUCGUAGACGCUGGAAUAACACAGCUUCCACGCAUCUUCCACGACUCACCUUCCAACUUAGCAAACCCCAAACCACUUUCCUCUGACUUGCUACAUCUCACAACGAUACCAACGAUAGAUCUCGGAGGAAGAGUCUUUGAGGACGAGACUAAGCGCAAUAAUACCAUUGAUGGAGUUAAAGAAGCAGCAGAGAAGUGGGGUUUCUUCCAGGUGGUCAACCAUGGAGUUUCACUCGAUCUUCUUGAGAGGAUGAAAGAUGGAGUUCGUGGGUUUAACGAGCAAGCCCCUGAAGCGAAGAAACAAUUCUAUAGCCGAGAUUUCAAUAAAGAGUUUGUGUAUACAAGUAACUUCGAUCUCUACACUUCAUCAGCUGCAAGUUGGAGAGACACUUUCUCUUGUUACAUGGCUCCAAAUCCUCCAAAACCACAGGAUCUGCCAGAGAUUUGUAGGGAUGUUAUGUUGGAAUACUCAAAGGAAGUUAUAAGUUUGGGAGAGUUUCUGUUUGAGCUUUUAUCAGAAGCAUUAGGGUUGAACCCUAAUCACCUCAAUGAGAUCGAGUGCUCCAAGGGCUUGCGUAUGCUUUGCCAUUACUACCCACCAUGUCCAGAGCCUGACCUAACAUUAGGCGCAAGUAAGCACAGCGACAGCUCUUUUAUUACCGUCCUCCUUCCGGAUCAGAUAGAAGGGCUUCAAGUUCUCCGUGAAGGGUACUGGUUCGAUGUUCCUUCUGUUCCUGGUGCACUGAUCAUCAACGUUGGAGACCUUCUGCAGCUUAUAACAAACGACAAGUUCAUCAGUUUGGAACAUAGAGUCUUGGCAAACAGAGCCACAGGAGCUCGAGUUUCGGUCGCAUGUUUCUUCACAACCGGCAUUAGACCGAACCCUAGAAUUUACGGACCCAUUAGAGAGCUUGUGUCUGAAGAUAACCCUCCAAAGUACAGAGAGAUCACCGUUAAGGAGUUCGCUGCUCACCGUAGUGCCAAAGGACUUGACGGAACGUCUGAUUUGCUCCACUUUAGAAUAUGA